AUGGGAGAAGAUGGUGUGCCUGGGCCAGGGCUCAUUAAUGCACAAUUAGAAAGUUCCAGUGGCUGUGAUGAUGAUGCUGGGACUGCUAAUAUACCAAUGCCAUCAGAUCCUGAUAAUGCUUCAACUAAUGCGGGCGGAACAACGUCUCAAAAUGACGCUUGGGAAAGGGCUCAAGCAGCCCUCAAAAAAAUUGCUCCAAAUGCUCCUUCCUUCAAUCACAGUAUGCCAGCAUAUCCUACAAAUGAUACCCAGUGUUACCAGGAUAUGCAAGCUUAUAUGAUGCAAUAUUAUCCUUGGAUGGCCCGCUCACCCUACGCAAUGCCAUAUGCGCCCCCUCAACAGUUUCAGCCUUCUGCAGAACAGCCCGGCAGCUUCAUGAACCCCUAUUUUUUUUAUGGAAGACCCAUGAGACCGCCGCGUCCCCCUCCACCACCGAGUGGCUUCCGUCCUACUAGUCUACCUUCCCAAGUAAGCCGUCUCCCAAAUUCAUCACCUGCUCGUCCUGCGACAAACAUUCCUACUUCAUCGUCAUUUGAUCAGCCACCGAGACCUCCAGUAAGGCAAUCUUUUCCUCAACACAAUGCGAAAAAUAAUUUUUUAAAUCGCGGGUCUCUAGGGGACAGUGCUCCAAUACGUUUCAAUAUUGGUCGUCCAUCUACGGUUUCUUCUACGAAUGCUUUAAGCGGAAAUGUUUUGCAAAAAGCAACUAUUCCAGACAAUGUCCGGAGGUAUGUGGAACGGGCGUAUCUGGCAUUGGAAAAAAAGGAAGACAGAAAUAAGUUGGAAGAAUACCUUAAAAUGAAACUGCAUCCUCUACUUGCAUCGGGAGCAGCGAAAACAGUUGACUGGGACAAAGAACCUCUACCGUCUGAGAUAAAUUUUGAAUUUAAAUGCGACUGGACUCCAGCAAACGAGUUGCGUAAGGCUGCCCAAGCAUCUGCUCGAGAAGUCACCAUUGGAAGUUGGCACAGCCCAUUUAAGAAUGGUUAUGGUUCUGCUGUUGUGUCACCGCCGUCGCGAAAAAAAGAAAAAAAGCGUCAUGCGAGAUCAUCCAGCAGGCAUAAAUCAUCUGAACGUUCAUCGUCGUCGGAUGAAGCAAGCACAUCUAAGCUCUCACAUAAAGAGGCAAAGAAACUAAAGAAACGGAAAAAGGUGAGCAAUAAAAACAAGUGGACUGCGGACGCUCGAAGUGAUUCUCGACGUGAAGAGAGGGCUCGUCGAUUUGCACGUAAUGAAGACGCAACUCAUUCUGCGAGACAGAAAGAAAUGAGGAGGAAGCUUGAACAGGCUUCUAGUAGUAUAGAGAGCCCUGAAGUUAUUGUUGGGACUUCAACAGAAAUUGAAAAACCUUUCUUCCGGCUGACAACGGCUCCUGAUCCAAGUGCAAUCAGGCCACUUUAUAUAUUAGAGCGCGCCUUGAAAUUGGUUCAGCGGAAAUAUUCUGAAAAUGGUGAUUAUCUUUACGCCAACGAUCAGCUGAAAAGUAUUCGUCAAGAUCUCAUGAUACAGUGUAUUCGAACGGAUUUUACCGUUUCUGUUUAUGAAACUAACGCAAGAAUUGCACUGGAACGUGCCGACCGAGAAGAGUUCAAUCAGUGCCAGAGCCAGUUGAAAUUGUUAUAUUCGGAGGUUCCAAACUGCCCAAAUGAAUUCGAAUUUACUGCAUAUCGUCUUUUGUAUUACAUUGCUGCCGCUAACACAAUUGAUCAGAUCACUUUACUUCAUGAAUUGAAGGAAGAAGCGCGACGGGAUGCUUGUGUGGCGUAUACUUUGCAAGUACGUGAAGCCUGGGCACUUUCCAACUACGUUCGCCUUUUUAAACUGUAUGAAAAAGCUCCUCGUAUGGCUUCGUAUGUCAUGGACCUGUUUAUGGAACGGGAGCGGAAAGCAGCUUUAACAGCAUGUUUAAAAGCGUAUCGACCCACUAUUUCGGUAAGUGCUUUAAUGAAGAAGCUUUCGAUGAGUAACAACGAUUUAUGCCAGUGGUUGGAGAAAUUAGGGCUGAAAGUAAAGAAUGGAAUGUUAGACUGCAAACUGUACUGCAAUACUCUCGGUUGA